AAUAAAGAAUACAGGAAUAUGAAAAAGAAAUGGCAAAGCAUAUAAAAUUAAUACUUGAUUAAAAGUUUGAAGUUUUUUGCUUUCAACAAUAAAAGCGUAAGCAAAAGUGAUUCAUCACGUUUUCAUAGAAAUGUCUUGAUAUAAAUUAAAGUGAUGUUGCCUGAAACAGAAGAAAAUGUUGCAAAUAUGACAGAAGAGGAUGAAAAUCAACCAGGCUAUGAGUAUAGAACACAAAAUGAGACAAUUGAUUCACGAGUAGUUCAAGGUGAAGAUCUUCACGAAGAAAUGACAGAAAUGAGUUUUUCUGGAUCAUGUCAAGAUACUUUAUUAAUUCAUGGCUUAGGGCAAAGGGAAAAUAAUGAUAUUACUAGUGUUUGCACUACUAGUACUUGUGUAUCAGACCAUGAGUCUAAUUCUAGUAAAGUAAGUAUUGUGACUGUUGUAUUUCCGUGGGGUGCUCAAAAAGAAAUAAUGAAAUCUCAGCAAAUUGAGGAUAAUAAUCUUCGACCAGGGGAGUUUGUGAUGCAAUCCCUAUUUGCAGAUUUUACAAUUCAAGCUGAAAAGAAAAUGGAAGCUGUUAUGACAGAAACGGAAAAGCCACUUUCUAAAGUUUUACAAAGAGGUGAAGAUUCUCAGUUUGAUCAACUUUUAUCUGCCUUUGGAUCGGUCGCUGAACAUUGUCUUCCUUCCAUAUUGCGAGUUCUAUUUAAUUGGUAUGAGAGGCAAUUUAUUGAUCAUGGAUCAGAUCAAAAAAAAAUUGCUGCUGCAAAAGAAGAUCAGAAAGGGAAAAGUAUAAUGUAUACAAUAGUAUCAGGAAGUGUAGAAACAAUUGAAAAAAGUGAAGCUGAUCUACUUCAAGAGAGAAGAGAUUUGGCAGUAGAAUUUAUUUUUUGUUUAAUGUUGAUUGAGAUAUUAAGACAAUUACCAUUUCAUCCAGGUCAUGAAAAUUUAGUUUUAUACAUUGAAAAUAUUGCUUUUAAGCAUUUUAAAUAUAGAGAAGGCAUUCAAAAUGAACCAAAUGCAGGAAAUAUUCAUAUAAUAGCAGAUUUAUAUGCUGAAGUAAUAGGUGUUCUUGCACAGUCUCGUUUUAUGUCUGUUCGUAAACGUUUUGUAUUAGAAUUAAAAGAUUUGCGCGCUAAAGAGCCUGGUCCACAUACAACACAGUGCAUAAUUUCAUUAUUGAUGGGUAUGAAAUUUUUUAGAGUUAAGAUGGUGCCUAUAGAAGAGUUUGAAGCAUCUUUUCAAUUUAUGCAGGAAUGUGCUCAAUAUUUUUUAGAAGUAAAAGACAAAGAUGUAAAACAUGCACUAGCUGGUUUAUUUGUAGAAAUUCUUGUUCCUGUUGCAGCUGCUGUGAAAAAUGAAGUUAAUGUUCCUUGUUUGAAAAAUUUUGUAGAAAUGUUAUAUUCUACGACGUUAGAUAUGUGUACAAAAAAUAAACAUCGUCUAGCACUUUUUCCAUUAGUUACAUGUCUCUUAUGCGUUAGUCAAAAAAUCUUCUUUUUACAAAAUUGGCAUUAUUUUUUAGCAAUGUGUCUCUCUCAUUUAAAAAAUCGAGAUCCUAAAAUGUGUCGUGUUGCUUUAGAAGCUCUUUAUCGUCUUCUAUGGGUAUAUAUGAUUCGGAUAAAGUGUGAAAGUAAUUCAGCAACACAAAGUCGUCUACAAAGUAUCGUAAAUUCGUUGUUUCCAAAAGGCUCGAAAGCCGUAGUGCCUCGUGAUACACCUCUCAAUAUCUUCGUAAAAAUUAUUCAAUUUAUAGCACAAGAAAGAUUGGAUUUUGCGAUGCGUGAGAUUGUCUUUGAUUUACUUUCCGUUGGUCGACCUGUUAAAAUUAUUCUUACCCCCGAACGUAUGAGCAUUGGUUUGCGUGCAUUUCUCGUUGUUGCUGACAGUCUCCAGCAAAAGGAAGGUGAACCACCAAUGCCAAGAACUAUGGGUGUUCUACCAAGUGGAAAUACAAUGCGUGUGAAAAAAACAUAUUUAAACAAGAUGCUGACGGAGGAUACGGCAAGGAGCAUUGGUAUGUCCUCGUAUUUUCCUCAUGUACGACGUGUUUUCGUGGAUAUCCUGCGAGCUCUUGAUGCACACUAUGGACGACCCCUCAUGAUGACGAGUACACAAAACAUGAAUAAGGAACCCGAUGAGAUGAUUACUGGCGAGCGUAAGCCGCGCAUUGAUUUGUUUCGUACGUGUGUGGCUGCAGUACCGCGUCUUAUACCUGACGGGAUGACUGGACCCGAACUCGUUGACAUGCUCGCGCGACUCACUGUUCACAUGGAUGAGGAAUUGAGAGGCCUAGCUUAUCAGAGCUUGCAGACACUUGUUCUUGAUUUUCCAGAUUGGCGACAGGAUGUCAUACUUGGAUUCACACAGUUUUUAGCUCGAGAUGUACAGGACACAUUUUCUCAAUUACUUGAUAAUGGGUUACGUAUGUUAUUGCAAUUGCUGACUUGUUGGAAAAAUGCUUUGGUGAAUCCAAGCACUAAAACAAAGGAACAGCCGGUCGAUAGCAUGAGAUUGAACAAUCGGAUAAUCGUCGAUGUUGGACUAAAGAAAAACGAAGUUGCAAAUCAGAAAGUUGAAUCUGUUCCAAACGUUUUUCAUCUUGUGGAAGGUUUUUCUCUUGUAAUGCUUUGUAAUUGUCGAUUAUAUCCUCGACGUCUAGCCGUUCACAUUUUAAGGGAAAUCAAACUUUUACUAAAAACAUUUGCUAGUUUAGAAGAUGAUCAACCAGUAAUUGAUGUAAUUGACGCUUACUGCCCAUCAGUUUUAGAGAAGUAUUAUUAUAUGCUUCCACCUGCAGAAAAGGCAGCUGCUGCUUCAACAUCAAUUAUUGAUUUACAAUGGAUUGCAGAUAGAAGCAGUUGUGUCUGGACAGCUGGAUUCCAUGAUGAAAAUAGCUCUAAAAGCUCUUCAUUAUUAAAUUUAAAUGGAGUUGAUCCAUGGAGUAGUUGCUUAUUUACAUUUUUAGAAAAAGAUAGAGUUUUAACACAGUGUCCAAAUGCUAUUGCUCAUUCAUGGCCUAUAGUUUUCAGUCGUAUAAAUUCUUUAUUUACUGUUAUUGAUCCUACACCUGUAAAUGAUAAUAGAGCAUCGCUAUUGCGAAGUUCUACAGCCAUUCGUAAACCAUUAAACGAAAGAGAUGUUUACAUGCAUGUUUGGAAGAAUUAUUUAACUUUUGGUUAUCGUGUUAUACCUCCCAUUCCAAGCCCAAUAAUUCGUUGUGCGAGUCCAGAUCUAAGUUUAAGUGGUCAACAUACGGUGGAGUUUGGUGUAUUGUGCAUGAGUAAGGAGUUAAGUCAGAGCCUGGAGAACCUCGGUGGGGCACAAACCCUACCGAGCCGCUUUUCCGUACCGUCCAUAUCCGGAAUCUACACGAAGCAUAAACGGACAAGUUCAUCUCCGGACAGUUUAUCGGCAGAACGAGGUGACAAUAAAGCACCCGGAACAAACGCAAAUCCAUCCGCAUUUUACAAGUUAACGGUUCCGUUGUUAAGAUGUGAAACUAUUGAUGUACGUGAUGCUGCCGUUUAUGCAAUUGGGAAAGUGAAUGCUGAUGCACUCAAGGAUUUGAUGGAAGAACUGGUACCUUAUAUUCGCGAAGCUGUUGACCGCAAGCAAGAAAAUAUGAGGCGACGUAGAAGGCGUGAUGCAUUAAGGCUUCAGCUAGUGCGUCUGUUAGAAUUAAUUGCUGAAUAUGGAACUUUCGGAAUUUGUCCUGCUGUAUUGGAUCGAGAAACACAAUCUCUUCAUCCUACAUUUGUAGAAUAUAUAGAUGGUGCUCGUUUAUAUCUAGAAAAUGAAACUGACAAAGAAGCUCCAGCAGUAAGAGAUAUUAAAUUACAUUUUUGUAAUUUUAUACGAAAAAUGCUCAAGAGUUUUUCAUUGGAAGUCUGUCACACACUGCUAAAACGUGAUUUGCGACGCAACCUCUUUACACUAUUUGCUAGUUGGGCUGGAUCAUACGGCAAACCCUUAACGAGUACCACUCUUGCUUAUGAAGAAGAGAAAUUCUCUGACCUACAAAUGUCAGCCCUUCAGGCAAUGAGCGGUCUGUUAUGCUGUGGACCUUGUUUCAAUGCCCAGAGUUUGUCUGAAGAAGGCUCAAUACUCUAUCAAUGGCUAGAUCUUUUGUUGGCAAGCGAUGAUGAAAAAAUAUAUAGCCUUGCUUGCGAAACAAUUGUAUUACUGCUCGAAGGUAAUCCUGAUAUUGGUGCGCUUCUCGAUUGGGUCGUUGAUCGCUGUUAUACAGGUUUGCCCCAAGUAGCAGAUGGUUGUUUUCUCGCACUAGCAACUAUUUUCAGUGCUCGCGAAUAUCCCUGUGAUCAUUACACAAGUAUCAUCAAUGUGACACUUAUGAACACCGGUUGUCCUCGAGCUUCGGUGCAUGACGCUGCUCUUCAACUACUACAAUUGUUGGAUCAGCGGUUCUUUGGCAAUGUUCGGUCAAUACCAGUCUCGGAUUCUGAUAUUGAGGAUCCGACAAUUUCUGUAACAACAAAUACGGCGGGUGUUGCUGCGGUUAUUCCUGGCACCGGCUCAGCAUCCACGACAACGGUGCAACCAGGACCAUGCAUUGCUUUACGUGGUGGUACUUUAAAUGCUUUACUCACUACAACUUACUGUCGUAACCAAAAGUAUUUAUCGCGGCAACUGGCUCAACUGCACCCUGAACUUACGAUGCCCAUGUUUAGCGAAAUUACUCACAGAUUCCAGGCAGCACGUCAGGAAGUACGCCAACUGCUGUUACAAUAUUUACUACCAUGGUUACAUAAUAUGGAACUCGUUGAUCCUAAUGUACCACCACUUUUAACUCCUCUUAGUUACUAUCAGUCUUAUGAAAAUGGCGUAACACAUGGAAGCUCAAGACGCGAAGGCUGGGGUAGUGUCGAAGCUACAGAAAUGGUCCUUAACAAUUUGUUUUAUAUAACAGCUAAGUUCUCAGACGAGCACCCAAAGGAAAUCGAAGAGUUAUGGGCAACUCUAUGCAGUUGUUGGCCAAACAAUUUGAAAGUAAUCAUUCGAUACCUCUUCAUCAUGUCAGGCAUGGCCCCGCAGGAACUUCUACCAUAUGCUAAACGCGUGGCAUUGUAUUUGGCUCGUGCUCGAUCCGAUCGUCUUGUUGAUGAAAUGAUGAUAGAAUUGCAAACAGUAGAAACGCUUAAUUGUCUUAUUGAGAGGAUGGAAACACCACCAUUUUACCGGUUAACGAGUAUGCGUAAAACUUCCUCACAUAGUGAUGCACCGGCUGCAGAUCCUGGUAAUCCAACUAAAGAUUUGGGUGUUGAGAAAGGUACUAUACACACCAAACGGCACUCCGGAGAGGAUCCAAUAAAAACCGGAGUUUCUAAGUCAGAUACUGCUUUGCGUAGUGCAACUGGUUUUCCUAACACUCGGACGGAAAAAUCACACGCUACUAGUGGCCCAUCUCUUCUCCCUGAUGAACUUUCUACUCCUAUGACGGAAGCGGAGUUCUUUGAUUUUCAGUUAACAUCUGAAGAUGCUUUCUAUAUACGUAAUGUGCCCGUAGUAUUCAAUGGGCGACCAGUUAUCAAUAUUGGUGAGAAGCUCGACGUACCUCAACCUCAUCCUCUACCAAUGCCCGAGUACGGCGGGUACUUCGCCCCACUAACCGAAUACCUGCCCGACAGCUCACAGCCAAUUAGCAGCUUUCACAGAUGCAACAUAGCAGUGAUGCUGUUGAUUGACGUUGUUAUUGAUGGUAUCCAACUUGACUGGGCCAUCCAUGUGCCACUGAUGCUUCACAUUAUUUUUCUCGGACUAGACCACUCGCGACUCAUAGUACGUGAUCAUUGUCGCCUUUUACUUCUUAACAUGCUUGUUGUCCUUGGUGAUCAUCGUGAUCAUCUCGGAAUUGCUCGUGUCCUUCUUGCAAAUAAGACAGACCUGUUAGAUUUUGGGCUUUCAACACCCCUUCUACCAGUGCUUGAACAUAAUUUUACCGAGGAUGAUCCAGAGUUUGAUAGUUACCUAUAUGGACCACCAUCUUCAUAUCCGUCACCAUCAACAAAUAUCAAUAAUACAAUUGUAGUAUCAACGUCACCACAUUCCCAAUCACCAUUGCCUCCGUGUACACCAUCCUCAUCACCUCCACCAUCACCGCCAUUACCUCCUCCGCCACUGUCAAUACCCUUGACUGAAACAUCGUCCUCGCCCACGCUUUCGUCAUCGCAAUCAUCGUCCUCCAACAAUGUCAGCCCGGUACAUUCGCCCGUAAACGCAGGGAUCACACCACCUGUGUAUUCCUAUGAUUCAUCUUGUCAACAUGGAAAUUGGCCUACAGGUACGAGAAUGGCCACCGUUGCACCACCUGUUAUUGUUACUCGUGAAGAUGGAGGAAAUUGGACUGGACCUCAACCUGGCUCAAAUAUGUUAAUUCAAGAUGUGAUCAAAUCAUUAAUACAUUUUCUUGCAUCGAGAGUUAAUCAACCUUUAUGGAACUAUGAAGAUAUGACGGCCAAAGUUUGGUGGGUACGAAGUGCUGAGCAAUUGACUAUCCUACUUCGUCAUGUGCUUAAGAUAUUCCGUGAUUCAUUACCGCAUGCUCUGGUGAGUCAACGUUGGGCUCAAACUGCUUUACAAUUGGGCCUGUCUUGCUCAUCUCGACACUAUGCUGGAAGAUCACUCCAGGUGUUUCGAGCUCUUAGGGUUCCGAUAACCUGUCGUAUGCUUUCCGAUAUUUUAUCCAGACUCAUAGAAACCAUUGCAGAACAAGGAGAAGAUAUGCAGGGCUACGUUACUGAGCUUCUGUUAACACUCGAGGCUGCAGUUGACUCCCUUGAAUCCGAUUUUCGGCCGUUGGAUUUUAUGAAAGAGAUCUUCAAAUCAACACCAAAUUUGAAUAAUAAAGACGCGGUGACAAGCUUAACAAAGCGAUGUUCAACGGGCACAACGGGAUAUUAUCCUUCUGGGCCACAAAUUUUUUCUUUUUUGAAUCAGCAAGGCCAUAUUCGUAGUACCAGCUACUCGGUUAGUUAUUCUAUGCGAAAAUCGACGGCAGCUAAUACAACUGUUAGUGAAACUAAAGAAUUAGAAAAUCGCAUAGGAGGCAUUAAAUACACAAAUUCAAGUCUUUCUCGCUCUCGUUCGGCUCAAUCUCUAAAACUCCUUGGUGAUUCCGCAACUCAGGAUGAUAAAAUGACAAUACUAGCGCAACUGUUCUGGUUAUCUGUAUCUCUCCUUGAAUCAGACUACGAACACGAAUUUCUCUUGGCUCUACGACUUCUCGAUCGAGUACUACAUCGACUUCCUUUAGAUCGCCCGGAUGCUCGCGAUAAAGUUGAAAAACUUCAACAGCAGUUAAAGUGGACGUCAUUUCCCGGUGUACACGCUCUAUUGCUUAAGGGAUGUACGAGUCCAAAUACAUAUGAAGCAGUAGUAGCAUUGUUGUCACAAUUUACUUUAUUGCUGGAUUUACCGGUAGUGGAUCCGACACAAAGUUUGGCCUUUCCGAUGAAUGUAGUUUCAUUACUGCCGUAUAUGUUACUGAAUUAUGAAGAUGCAAAUGAGUUAUGCAUCAGAAGCGCUGAGAACAUUGCUCAGAUAAGUGGAGAAAAAGGAAAGAAACUAGAGAACUUGGGAACAGUAAUGACUUUAUAUAGCCGUCGCACCUUUAGCAAAGAAAGUUUCCAAUGGACAAAAUGUGUUGUUAAGUAUCUAUAUGAUACUUAUGCUCAUCUUAGUUUAAAUAUGCUCGCAUUUCUUAUCGAAGUUUUAGAAAAGGGCCCACCUAACAUUGAUUUACCAAUACUGAGCAUUAUUCACUGUAUGUUGCAUUAUAUGGAUAUUUCAUCCCAAGGAGCACAAGCCACCAAUACAGAAUUACUUAGAGUCAUAUCAAAAUAUAUCGAGGGUCCAUAUUGGAAAGAAUCUUUGAAAAUUUUGAAACUUGUGGUAACUAGAUCAUCAACAUUAGUAGCACCACCAACAAAUAUUCAUGCCUCAACCUGGGAAUCUUCAAUUGCUUCGCCACAUCCAAGUUUUAAUGACAAUGAAAUUUUUACCAAAAAAGAAUUACCUGGUAGAACUAUGGAUUUUACAUUUGAUCUAUCACAAACACCAGUUAUAGGUAAGCGUUGGCUUAUACGACAAAUAAAUGAAGAAAAAAAUGCCACUUUACUACAAAGAUCUAUAUCAUUAUCUCCAGCAGAUAAUGGCCCUAUUUCUGGUUGGAAGAGACCAUGGAUGUCUCAAAGUCGAGUAAGAGAAUGUUUAGUGAAUUUAUUGACAACUUGUGGUCAACGAGUUGGAUUACCAAAGAGUCCAUCUGUGAUAUUUAGUCAAAGUUCAGAUUUAAUGGAGAGGCAAUCAUCAAUGGCCUCAUCUACAGAAGAAGUUUCUGGUGCAAAUAAUGAUCUAAGUGGAGGAUCACGACGAGAUGAAGACCAGUUUGGUGUAUUUAAAGACUUUGACUUUCUGGAAUAUGAAAGUGAAAGUGUUGAGGGCGAAAGUACAGACAACUUUAAUUGGGGUGUUAGACGUCGUCCUCUUAGUGAAGGAGAAGAACGAGAACCAAGUCUGCGAAUAUUUGAAGAAAGUCUUAGUGAAAAAACAGUUUCUUCAAACAAACAAAUUAUUCAACGUGGAGUCGCUGAAGAGUCCUCAGAUGAUGAAAUUGGUUCGGAAUCACCAUUAGAUGAAGUUCCAAAUGGACAAGGAACUAGACAAGAGGCUAAUAUUCCUAGUAUUUUUCCAACGCCUACAUUGUCAUUAAUACCAAGUCGAAAUCGAUGUGAUUCUUCAACAAGAUCUGAUACUUCUGGUUCAAGUACUGGAGAUUUGGGUGAUGUAACACCAUGCAAUGUAUCACCAAAUCUGUCAACAUUAAUCACUUUCAAACAAAUAGUUCGUGAUGAUGCUGAAGAAAUCUGGAAGCAACAAAUACAAAAUUUAAUAGCGCAGAAUCCUUGCAAUCCUUUAGAUGUUUUUCAGCUUCUUAGUAAAAUUUUGAAAGAUGUUUGUGGUAAAUCUGUUGGGCUUACUCGUGAAGCAGUUUCUCUACUGAACAGUGGGAGUGCAGUUUCUGUACAAUUAGCAGCGCAUUUAUUUAGCCACAUUGAAUUAUUAGUUUCGAAAUCUGAGCUGCCCAUUGUAUGGUUUGCUUCUCCAGUUUUUGCUAAUCAAAGACUAUAUGAAAUCUUGAGAUUUGGAUUACUGGAGAUUCAGGAACAUCUUGAAACCUUCUUAGAUAAAAAAGAUCACGCUUAUGAGUAUCUGGAAACCAUGAAAACAGUAAAUAAACUUAAUUCUCUUGAAGAAUCAAAUUCACAUACAGUGAAUAGUCUUGAGGAAAUGUUUCUUGACCUUGGUCGUGCUCAUUACAAACUUCAUUUUCAACUUCUACUGCUUAUUGAAGCAUCAAACAAAAUGCUCUGUGCCCUUACUAGUGCAGCAAAAAAUUCACAAGAGAGUCUUCAAGAUAUGUCUGCAGAAAUUGCGAGUAUGCGGCAGUCUCUAACUCGAUCCCUCGAGACAGCCAGUAUUGAAGGGGAUAGAGGCACACAAACACCCAGUCCUAGCCAAUUACCAGAGGUUGGAAAUAGUAGCUGUGGAAAUGAAGAACUGACAAGAGUAGCUGAAUUACUUAAAGCCGGUAAAUGGACUAGCGCCCUAGAAAUCGUUAGAGUACAGAGAGCUCAAUGGAUCAAUGAUCCUUUUCAUGAUGACGAUGACGUCACUAUCGCUGUCAACAUAUUCUGCAGGCAUCUUGGCCAAAAUAGAACUGAUAUUUUUGUAGUAACAAAAAGUGAAGAUGACAUGAUUGAAACAUUUAGUAGACUGAUGGAGAGUCUCUUUAGAGUUUUGGCUUCUAUAACAAGUCUGGAAACUUACAUAAAAACUUUACGAAUUCAAAAUGAACAUUCAAAUCAUUCAAAAGCAGAUUGCUAAUAUGAUAUUUUUCAAGGAUAUUUAGUAACAAUUUUUAUUGAUAUAUAUUAUAAUUUUAUUGAUUAUUGUCCAAGUACGUUUUAUGUACAAAAUGUGUAUACUAA